UUUCCUCGCUGAGGAGACAAGUCCCAGCUUGACAUCAAUAUACCUGUUGAUCAGAGCUCCAGUGUUAACCAACCGGCAGAGCUCUGUAGACACCAGCUGCGGGCAGCGUUCGCACCACCGGCCACUUUUCUCCUACUCGCCGCAACUUUGCAUCCCCCUUUUUUCCUAACCAUCGUUUGGCCGAAGAGCGGGAAGAGCUGGGAGAGAUCCACACACCUCUGAGAUCCAUGUGUUUCUCAGAAAGGUGCUCGAGCCUUCCCCCGUCUUCCACCGAGCAGCUCUGCUGAGAUAACCCCGAGCUCGCCAUGGAUAUACUGGAGGAACCCGACUUGUAGAUGUUCCCAGCACCAGGGAUGGCGCCCGCGGGGACCGAGGCCGCCCCGGCCCGCCGGUGAGGUGCCCCCCCACCCUCCCCGAGCCCUGAGCCCGGACCACGAUGAACAAACUGACCUUCCACAACAACAGAGUCAUGCAGGACCGCCGCAGCGUUUGCAUCUUCCUCCCCAACGACGACUCCCUCAACAUCAUCAUCAACGUGAAGAUUUUGUGCCACGAGUUACUGGUGCAGGUGUGUGACCUCCUGAGGCUGAAGGACUGUCACCUCUUCGGGCUCAGCGUCAUCCAGAACAAUGAGCACGUGUACAUGGACCUGGCCCAGAAACUCUACAAGUAUUGCCCCAAGGAGUGGAAGAAGGAGGCCAGCAAGGGGAUCGACCAGUUUGGCCCCCCAAUGAUCAUCCACUUCCGCGUGCAGUACUACGUGGAGAACGGCAGGCUGAUCAGCGACCGGACCGCACGCUACUACUACUACUGGCACCUGCGGAAGCAAGUGCUGCACUCGCAGUGCGUGCUGCGCGAGGAGGCUUACUUCCUCCUCACCGCCUUCGCCCUCCAAGCCGACCUGGGCGACUUCAAGCGCAACAAGCACUACGGGAAGUACUUUGAGCCCGAAGCUUAUUUCCCCGCCUGGGUAAGCUGGCGAAAGCGGGGCAAGGACUACAUCCUGAAGCACGUCCCAAACAUGCACAAAGAUCAGUUCGCCCUGACAGCCUCCGAAGCCCAUCUCAAAUACAUCAAGGAGGCCGUCCGGCUGGACGACGUGGCUGUGCACUACUACAGGUUGUACAAGGACAAAAGGGAGGUGGAGGCCUCCCUGACGCUGGGGCUGACGACCCGGGGCAUCCAGAUCUUCCAGAACUUGGAUGAGGAAAAGCAGCUGCUCUACGACUUCCCUUGGACAAACGUGGGGAAACUGGUGUUUGUGGGCAAGAAAUUCGAGAUCCUGCCAGACGGGCUGCCCUCGGCCAGGAAACUCAUUUACUACACGGGCUGCCCUCUGCGCUCCCGCCACCUCCUGCAGCUGCUCAGCAGCAGCCACCGGCUCUACAUGAACCUGCAGCCCGUCCUGCGCCAGGUCCGCAAGCUGGAGGAGAAUGAGGAGAAGAAGCAGUACCGCGAGUCCUACAUCAGCGACACCCUGGACCUGGACAUGGAGCAGCUGGAGAAGCGCUCGCGGGCCAGCGGCAGCAGCGCCGGCAGCAUCCGGCACAAACGCCUCUCCCGGCACUCCACCGCCAGCCACGGCAGCUCCCACACCUCGGGCAUCGAGAGCGACCCCAAAGCCAGGGAGAUGGGGCCCGAGGAUGGCUUCUCCGGCGCCGGUGCCCAUCGCAAGCUGAAGACUUGCAGCUCCAUGACCAGCCACGGCAGCUCCCACACCUCCGGGGUGGAGAGCGGUGGGAAGGACCGGCUGGAGGAGGAUUCCCAGGACGAUGAAAUCGAGAUGCUGGUGGAUGACCCCCGGGAGCUGGAGCAGGCCGGCGAGAUGGAGGUGAGCCCCGACAUGUGCGUCUACAUCACGGAGGACAUGCUGCUGUCGCGCAAGUUCAACGGGCACUCGGGGCUUAUCGUGAAAGAGAUCAGCUCCUCCACCUCCAGCUCCUCGGAGACGGUGGUGAAGCUGCGGGGCCAGAGCACCGACUCCUUACCCCAGACGACGUGCAGGAAACCGAAGACGUCGACGGACCGGCACAGCCUGAGCCUGGAUGACAUUCGGCUCUACCAGAAGGACUUCUUGCAGUUGGCCAACCUCUGCCAGGACACGGCCCAGAGCUACACCUUCGGCUGUGCCCACGGGCUGGAGGAGGAAGGGCUCUACUGCAACGGCUGCUUGGCCCAGCAGUGCAUCAACAUCCAGGAGACCUUCCCCGUCAAAAGAACCAGCAAAUACUUCUCGCUGGAUCUCACCCACGAUGAAGUCCCCGAGUUUGUCGUCUGAGGGCCGCGGCGGGGCAGGACCGGCUGCCCGCCCUCGGCGGGGGGAGGCCGGGGCUCCCUGCCCUGUAUUGGGGGUCAACAACGCUGCCUUUCCCCUGCGCCCCUCCUUGCAAACCGAGGCCGUGGAAACCGUCGCGCUCGGAGGGUCGCCCCGACGGUUGGGCGGGAUGGAGACCCCCCCCCCCCCCGGGCAUGGCGGAGUCCCGCCGGCGGUCCCCCGGCAUCCCUUCUCCUCCGGAUGAGUUUAUGCUGGACACAAGCUGUCUUAUUUCGACUGGGAGAAGCACGACUCGUUCGAGCUGGCAGAAGCCAAGCCGUGUUUUCUCAUUGCCUCGUGGCAAGGUGGCCUCCUCUCCUCCUUGCCCCCAUCCUCAGCGCUGCCGGGCGGCUCCGGCGGUGGCUUGGUGGCAACCGACGCCGGAGGGAAAGUGCCAGACUCUUGUGUUCAAGUCAAGCCAAAGAAAUGUAAAUACCCUAAAGGCCAGUAUGGGGAGGGAGAAUUAAGCAAUAACCAGCCGGGGAUCUCCGGGCACGGGUGAUGUACCGUGGAGGAGGACACGGCCAGUGGCUGCGGGGACAGAGCAUCAACCCAGUUCUUCCAAAAACACGUGCUGGAGGUCAGACCAGAGCGGUCCCAGUGUGGCGACUGGUGGCUGGGAGCUCUCGGAGCCGUUUGCAGCUUGGUUUUUUCCUUUUUUUUUUUUUUUUUUAAUUUUUUUUUUGAGAGAGAAAAAUCCCCAAACCAAAAAAAAAAAAAAAACCAAAAACAAACAAACCCACCCAAGAAAAUCGGAAGCAAAGGAGAAUGAAAAAGAAUAAGUCACCUGUAAGGAUAUUGCAAUAAUGCAUCCCAAACUUUGACUAGAUAGAGAUUUACAUAUAUAAAUAUAUCAAGGUAUGUAUGUUUAUAUAUGUCUGGAUCUUAUAGACCCAUUUGCAUUUUACUUCUGCUCUAAAAUACCUUUUAUAUAAAAGAUCUGCCUCUCUUCUUCAGUGAACCAUAUAAACAAUCAUAUUUUUUUUUCUGAGCACUAAGGUGAGAAAAUAGACUUUCCUCUCAAGAAGAAUAUGUAUGCAACUGCGUUGUAAGUGUGGCUCUUCCCGGUGCAGUCUCCGUUGUAUUUUACCAAGGCUUUUCAUGUGUCUUUAAGUCUCUUACAGUUUGAAUAGUUCUGCUAAAGGAUGAUGGUGAUGUGCUAGAAAAAUCCAAGGGCAGCUUCAGAGCGUGUCCUAGGGAAGCUAAUCUGCCCAGGUGUAAUAUCUGCCAUCGGUGCUGGAGGGUAAAGCAUUACAGCAGCUAACGUUCACAGCACAAUGCCUUUUUAGUCGAUAUUUUUAAUUAGAAUUUAGCUAUUGACAGCCAAAGUUUUGCCAUAUUUUGAUAUACCACCUUUUUUUAACUGGAAACUUUUCUUAGAAAGAAAAAAAAAAAUAUUUUAUAAAUAAGCACAAUCUUAUUUUUAUAAGAAAUGUUGGGGGAGGGAGCUGAGAAGGGGGAACUGGUACCAAAAGCAAAGGAGCGUAGCUACUGGCACCGUGCAAAAAAGCCUCAGUGUUAUAAUGUGGGAGCUGGGAGGGGGGAGCAGCGGGCGCUGUGUCCCCAACCCAGAGCUGGAUCCCCCCCCCCGGCACGAGGGCCGGGACGUUGGAUAUUACUGGGAAGAUAAUGGAGGUAGCCUGACGCUGGCAGGGACGACCAGGAGGCUGGUGGCCCCUAAAGCUUCUCUUUACAUCCCCUAAACCCACCCAGGGCAGCUGGAGGGGUGCUGCCUGGGGGCUCAGGGCUAUGUGCACCACUCUGGUUUUGGGGGGACCCCAGCAAACACCCCAAAAGCCUCUCUUGGGGGCACCACACCCCAGGCUGGGAUGCUGGGGUUUGCUAGCAUCAGCCCCGCUCCAGCCCCCGCCAUCCCCAGCCAGGGGAUUGGUGUGAGCACCAGCAACCGUGCUGGAACCACACGGGCUGCUACGGGCAGGAAAAUCCCCUAAAUUCAUCCCCAGCCUCAUUUUUGUUUUUUUUUUUUGUUUUUUUCCCCCCCGCCCUGUGCCAGCCCCUGCGAGGCAGCAGGGCCGCAGAGCCCAGUUUGGGGGGAGGUGGGGGGGUCCUGCUGGCACCCUCCUCAGCCAGUGAGCCCUGUGUGCCCUCCAUGGGGGGGACCCUCACCCUCUGCUCUGCAGAAACACAGACGGAGCAAAAGGGUAAAUUGUGUAAAGAAAUGCUUGACGCUGUUCAGAAAGCAAUCCCGGGGAGGGGGUGUGUGUGUGUGUGUGCAGCUAGAUCGGGGCCUCUCCAUUUCUUACCCCCCACACCCAGUUUAUCCCACAGCCUGAGCUGGGACCGCAGCAGCCCAGCAAGUGGGAGCUGGGAUGGGGGGGGGACGGGGGGGACACACAGAGGUGCCAUUUAUUCCGCAGGUGGCCGGGGUGGCCGCGCGGGGGACGGGGUGGCCGUGCCCGCCUGCUCCCCCUGCAAUAAUGAGCUAUCUGUCUGCACGAACGAAAUAGUCCUUUCUGUGAAAGGAUCUUCCCGUCAGGGCGAUGGGAGAGCCAGUGACUGUGUUGCGAAAGAAAAACGCAAGGAAAACUAUACAAAAAAAAAACCCCGCAGCGAAAUUAUUUUGUACCAAUGACGUUUGUUGUGUGCCUUUUGCAGUACAGCUGGAAAUGACAAUAAAGUGACAGUUGUUUGCA